UGUAGCCAAUGACGUCGUUUCUUCGAGUUCGAACAAAAAUAUGUCCCAAAUCAUAUGAUCGAAAAAAAUAUCUGGCCUGGCAAAAUUAAAUUUUUCUUUUUCUAUACGACGGGACGUAACUUUUGGAGUAAGCGCACAUUAAUUUAUUGAGUGUCCUAUACUAAGUGAACAUUCAACUCUUUAGUCUGAUCAUACAUUUAUUGCAUAGCAGAGAAGUGAUUUAAAAAAUCUACAAUAAUGGCUUUAAGCGAUGCAGAUGUUCAAAAACAGAUCAAGCAUAUGAUGGCUUUCAUUGAGCAAGAAGCCAAUGAAAAAGCCGAAGAAAUCGAUGCUAAAGCCGAAGAAGAAUUCAACAUCGAAAAGGGUCGUCUCGUACAACAGCAGCGCCUUAAAAUCAUGGAAUACUAUGAAAAAAAAGAGAAGCAAGUUGAACUGCAAAAGAAGAUUCAAUCUUCCAAUAUGCUUAAUCAAGCUCGUCUCAAGGUUCUUAAAGUGCGAGAAGACCAUGUUCGCAGUGUAUUGGACGAGGCACGUCGCCGUUUAGGCGAAGUCACAAAAAAUCCUACCGAAUACAGGGUUGUGCUCCAAAAACUUAUUGUUCAGGCUUUAUAUCAGACCAUGGAAGCUAAAGUCAUCUUACGUUGCCGUCAAGUUGAUCAAGCUUUGGUCAAUGAAGUUCUACCAGCUUCUGUAGAACAGUAUAAGUCGAACAUUGGAAAGGAUGUGGUUAUUUCUGUUGAUACUGAAAACUUUUUGCCACCAGACACAUGUGGAGGUGUAGAGUUGAUUGCUUUGAACGGAAGGGUUAAGGUACCAAAUACUCUGGAGUCCAGGUUGGAAUUGAUUUCCCAACAACUUGUGCCAGAAAUCCGUAAUGCACUGUUUGGUACUAAUCCCAACCGUAAAUUCACAGAUUAAAUUGCUUUGUAGUUACUUUGUUUUGUGUUAUUAUAUUUUUUCUUCAAUAAGUCUUAUGUAUUUUAAAAGUUCAACAACAGCCAACAAAAGGAUCCAUUAAAAUCAGUACAUAAUUACAUAACCUUAUAUAUAAACGUUCAUAAAAUCAUAAAAUAAAAACAACAGCCAGCAUAAAUUUAAAGAUAAAGUAAUGUUAUUUGAAUUAUACAAAGCAAAAUAAUAACUAAAAUUACCAGACUUAAAUAAAUGGAUUAUGUGUAGGUAACAAUAAAAAUGUUAAACAAAAAUUAUACCUUUAUAAAAAAAAUAUGGAAACAUACAAAUGAAUAUUAAUGUAAAUCAGCAACAGGUUUGUGUUAGUUCUUAUUCUUUUCCUAAUUAAAAAAUAUUAUAUUGAUAUCAUAAACAUUCCUGUUAAAAAAAAAUAGAAGUUUUAAAUUUCUCUAAAAAUAUCUGUCUUUAUUUGUAUCUAACAUUUAUAAAUGUAUACAAUUUAUUUGUUAUUAUUUUUUUUAUUGAUCUUUUGUUGUCUAUUCUUAAGAAUUUAGUUUGUCACUUUUUGAAUAUUUUUGCUGUGCAAUGAUUUGGAGGAAUUCGUAGUUUUGGCUUGAUGUAAAGAGAAGAUAAAACAUUAAUAUACCCUAUGCAUAUGCAACUCCGUUUAGUUUACUAAAAAAUCAGCAUCAGUAUGUUUUAAUCACUGGAAUUCUUGAGACUACUGAGUUACCAUCUUUUCAGUAAUGAAUUCCACUGCUUAAAAUGUAUUUUUUUGGUAAGUUAUUCGGCUUUUGCAUAACCGAAAAAAAAAAGUUGUUAAUGCGUUUUUAUUAGAACUUACAAAAUGUAAUGUUUCCCUUUCUUUGUCUUCCUCUCAAUAACAUGUAUUGUGUGUGUGUUUUACUGCUGCUUCAUUAAAAAGAUAAGAGUUCUCCGCCAAAUUUUACUUCUCUUCACAAAGAGUUUAAACAAACGAAUAAAUUCUGAAUUUAUUAUACAGCUUAAUAUUUUUGUCCUUACUUUCGUAAUUAUGUGUUUUUGGUUAUUUUCACAUUAGCUAAAAUUUGUUUUGAAGUUGAAACUGUUAAUGACAUAAAAUUAAAAACGUAUAUUAUACAAAACGAAGAUUUCAGUAUUUCAUGUUAAAAUAAAAUUUGUCAACAUAUAAAAUAAAUAAAUUAAAACAUUUUGGUUUGUUCUUCAUACCACUUAAACAAAUAAA